AGUGAACAAAUUGAGUAACGACCUGCCAACAGCAUCGACUCUGACUUUGACAGAUGAUGGUGCAGACCCGCCAAUCCUCUCACACGGUCAAGAGCACCCUCCGAUCUCCCCGGAAAGCGGAUUUCUCAAAUUGCCCACGAGAAAGAUGGUGAGAGUUCGUCAGACCGUUUACGAAGACCCCGGCAAUCCUUUCCAGGAGAAUUCGCAAAGCAACUCCAACGAAGACCGAACCCUUCAGACUAGCAAUCCUGAAGACGAAUACUACAUUUCGACAGUCAGCACAAAAACACCCGAGGACUCCGAUGAGUCGGACACAGAGGAUGGGCAAGGGAUCAUGAAGACAACGAGGAUCAGUCAGUACUCCACACCCGCCGCUGCAAAAGACCCAGUCGCAGAUCAGGGAAGAAGCGAUGGCCCGCGAGCUUUCAAGCCGGACUACCGUCGCUCACAGUCUGUUGCCUUGCCCAUAACCCGAUUGUGGCUCGACGAUGAGAAUGAGGAGUACGUCCCGCCGAGAGCCCUGUGGCGGCAGCAGAGUGUCGCAGCGGUCGGGCCGGUUGAUGGGCGGUAUGAGCGUGGAGAAGAUGCGCGCGACACAAAGUUCUAUGGGUUUUAUGACGAGGUCUGGCGAUAUUAUCAGAUGGAUGAGAACAGGAUGUGAAGGUGGACUCGAGAACUGAAGAUGGGAUGCCAGGUGCCCGUAGGGAGUUGCUGCACGUGCCCUCAAUCGUGUCGGUAGUGAACGCGCAAUCGGAAGGACCUUUCAAUCGCAGUCUCGUGAAUAUCCUCAUGCGGCGAGCAGGUGAGUGAAGCUUAACGUCGAACGACG